AUGUCGGUCCAACUAGAUAUACUCAUCGUGGGCGCAGGGCUGUCGGGUCUCGCAGCUGCGAUCCAGUGCGCACUUUCAGGUCAUCUUGUCACAGUGUUAGAGGCCGCAAAGGAGCUUGCCGAGGUAGGUGCCGGUCUCCAGUUGACACCAAACGCGACACGUCUGCUUCAACAGUGGUCCGUAUAUGACACUAUUAAGGAUCAAGUGUGUGAGCCCACUACACUCACAGUAUACAAUUACCGAGGCGAGACUCUCGCCCAUGAGGAUAACUUCGGCACAAACAUUCGUCGGAAAUAUGGCGCGCCUUUCUCAGAUUGUCACCGUGUGGAUUUACAGCAAGCUUUGGCAAGAAGAGCAAAAGAGCUGGGUGUGCACGUUGUGCUGGAUGCAAAGGUGAUUGGCAUGGACUUUGGUAGCGCUCCUGGCGACAGAGCACGUGCAAAAUCAUGCCAAGGUCAAACUUACGAAGCCGAUCUCAUUGUCGGAGCUGAUGGGCUCUGGUCCUCUUGUCGGUCUACCAUGCUCGGACGCAAUGAUCCUCCCUUGCCAACUGGAGACCUUGCGUACCGUAUAGUACUCAGCGUUGAUCAGAUCGGCGACCCUAAAUUGAAGGAGAUGGUGCAGACACCCGCAUGCCGAUUUUGGGCGGGACCCGAUGCUCACGCAGUAGCAUACAGUAUCCGCGGAGGGAACAUGUAUAAUGUCGUCCUGCUCGUCCCUGAUGACCUGGAAGAAGGGGUGGCGAGGACGCAGGGCAAUUUAGAUGAAAUGAGGAGGCUGUUUGAGGGAUGGGAUCCUGUGUUAACUCAGCUGCUCGAAUGUGUUGACAGAGUGGACAAGUGGAAACUGAUGCACCGUGCCGAGAUGGACUCGUGGGUCAACGCACAAAAUAACCUCGUACUAAUUGGCGACUCAUGUCACCCGAUGCUCCCUUAUCUUGCCCAGGGUGCUAACUCGUCCAUCGAAGACGGCGCAGUCUUGGGCUUGCUUCUCGCCCCAGAACACUACAAGUCAAGACCACAACUACCGGAGACUUUACAGCUCUUCCAGCAAUUGCGAAAAGCAAGGAGUGAAAGUAUUGCGCGGGAAACAUUCAAGCAGCGAAAAGACUUUCAUCUACGUGAUGGACCAGAACAAGCAAUUCGUGACGCCACAAUGUUGAGGCAACUAGGCAAAAGUCCAGAAGGUGCAUUCCCGAGUCGCUGGACAUGCCCCGAGGUGCAACCCUGGCUGUAUGGGUAUAACGCGACCGAAGAAGUUGGGGCGGCAAUGCGAGCUUGA